AUGUCACUUCUUUCAGCUCAUCUAGAGCAAAUAUGCAUAUCAUGUCAUGGAAUUGACAGCCUUCCCUUCCCACCCCCAAAGAUCUUUACAAACGCCCUCCUCUCCAACCCAGACAUCACAUCCCUAAUCCGCGACACCGAAGCCCACGAACGCGCCCUCUUCUCCGUGCCCCCACCCCCACCUCCCCUUUCAACAACAACACGUCAGAACAACCCCGACGCGCACCCCGCAAAACCCUCCGCCCGCCGCCAAACCAUAUUCAACGUCGCCGCAGGCGAGGUGAUCACUGGACCACCACCAAACUCAACCCGCACGGCACCCACCGCACGCCGUAACACGGCCGUGGCGGCCGUCCUGGGCGGGGACCUGCACGCGCAGAUUAUGCGGCGUGGUGGCGGCGGUGCUGGAGACGGCGGUGGCCGAACAGCAGGAGGAGGAGGAGGCGGAGACGUGGACAUUGAGGUGCUACUGCACGGCGCCGAGAAGCUGUGCGCCGUGUAUCCGCUCUCCGGCGCGCUCGAGCGCAUUCCCGCGCAGCGGGCCAAGUAUGCGCAGCAGAGCAACACACUGGCGUACUACGAGGGCAAGGUAGCGGAGCAGCAGGAGGCUCUGGAGAGGAUGAAUUUGGAGAGGGUGUUGGACGAAGAGGAGGUGGAUGAGGAGGGGCAGGAGGAGGAAGAAGGGGAGGGUAAGGCGGUCAUGACAGAGGAAGAUCUGAGAAGGGAGGAGGAGGAAGUCAGGGCGCUGAAUAAGAGGAAGAGGGAGUUGCAGGCGAAAUUGCGCACGAUUGAGAGUGAUCUUGGAGGGCUGCUCAACAUUUGA